GUUUAUUUAAUUUGCUCCUUCGUUUGCGGCUUAUAAACAAAAAUAUGCGGGAAAAGCACGAAGUAAGCAAAUUUUUUUCGACUGCAAUCUUUGCAUGCAACCGCUGCAAAUAAAAGACCCAGUGCCAGCUGUAGGAACCAGCAAAAAAGCAGCCAUCCAUCCAACCAACAAACCAGCCACAACAACUUCCUCUGCCACUGCCACUAAAGACUCAACAUAUUUGUAAUCAAAACAAAAACAAGCUGUCGACAACGUACAGAGCUCAUUCACGCUUUGACCAAGCAACUGUUGUAGUCGGCGCAACAACUUGAAACACAAAUCGAAGAUACCGCUACGAAGACGUUUCAUUACACAAAGUGAUCGCACAGACAGUGGUCAUCAAUUCUAGUAAUAACAGCAAGCAACGCAUUAGCAUAUUAGUAGCGUCAGCAAAAAUAGAAGGAAAUCAUAAUUAGCAAUGGGUUUGAGAUUUCAACAAUUGAAGAAGCUAUGGCUGCUCUACCUGUUUCUACUAUUCUUUGCAUUCUUCAUGUUUGCGCUCAGUAUCAAUCUAUAUGUGGCCAGUAUACAAACAAAUGAUCAGGAUAAGGUCCAUCCGAAACCGCAGCCGCGCCGCCGUUCGCUAUGGCAUCCGAAGAACAUAGUGGCGCAUUAUAUUGGCAAAGGCGAUAUUUUCGGCAAUAUGACUGAAGAUGACUACAACGUAAAUCUUUUCAAUCCCAUUGCUGGCGAGGGGGCGGAGGGCAGACCGGUCGUGGUACCAGCGCGCGAAAGUUUCCGCAUGCAGCGUUUUUUCAGACUGAAUAGUUUUAAUAUUUUGGCCAGUGACCGCAUACCCUUGAAUCGCACAUUAAAAGAUUACAGAAUAAAGGAGUGUCGCGACAAGAAAUAUAUCAACAACGAGCUGCCCACCGCAUCGGUGAUUAUAGUUUUCCAUAAUGAGGCUUGGUCGGUACUGCUGCGCACCAUAACGAGCGUUAUCAACCGAUCGCCGCGUAAAUUACUCAAAGAAAUCAUACUAGUCGACGACGCUAGCGAACGCUCUUACUUGAAGAAGCAACUCGAGGCCUACAUUAAAGUGCUCACCGUGCCAACGCGCUUGCUGCGCAUACAGAAACGCGGCGGUUUGGUGCCAGCGCGUUUGCUCGGCGCCGAGCAUGCCAAAGGUGAUGUGUUGACCUUCUUGGAUGCGCAUUGCGAGUGUACACGCGGCUGGCUGGAGCCGCUGUUGCAGCGUGUGAAGGAGUCGCGCAACAGUGUGGUAGCGCCUGUGAUUGAUAUAAUUUCCGAUGAUAACUUCAGUUAUACGAAAACUUUCGAGAACCACUGGGGUGCCUUCAAUUGGCAGCUGAGUUUUCGCUGGUUCGGCAAUAAGCGCAGCAUAGCGCCGGCCAAUGCUGAUCCAACGCAGGCAAUUGCAUCACCGGCAAUGGCUGGUGGACUCUUUGCAGUGGACAAACGGUACUUUUUUGAUAUUGGCGCGUACGAUAAGGAGAUGCGUAUCUGGGGUGGCGAAAACGUUGAAAUGUCCUUUCGCAUAUGGCAGUGUGGCGGGCGUAUUGAAAUCUGUCCCUGUUCACAUGUUGGCCACGUAUUCCGCAGCACCACACCAUACACCUUCCCGGGUGGCAUGAGUGAAGUGCUGGGCAACAACUUGGCGCGUGCGGCCAUGACUUGGAUGGACGAUUGGCAAUAUUUCAUACUACUCUACACAUCCGGUCUGUCGUUAGAGACACGUGAACGCAUCGAUGUCACUGAGCGCUUGUCACUGCGUGAGAAGCUCAAAUGCAAACCAUUUUCGUGGUAUUUGGAGCAUAUCUGGCCGGAGCAUUUCUUUCCCGCACCAAAUCGCUUCUUUGGCAAAAUAAUCUGGCUAGAUGGUGAGACCGAAUGUGCGCAAGCGUACACGACGCACAUGAAGAACAUACCGGGGCGUCGUUUGUCACGCGAAUGGCCACGCAUAUUCGAAGAGAUCGACAAUAAUGCUGAGCAAUUUAUGUCGCUAAUCGAUUUGGAUCGCGACAAGUGCUUGCGACCGCUGGAGAGAGAUGUGCCGCGCACAUCAGUGCAAUCGGUCACAGUUGGCGACUGCAAUGUACAUAGCAAAUCUAUGGAUAUGUAUGUCAUAACGCCGAAGGGUCAGAUAAUGACCAAUGACAAUGUGUGUCUGACGUAUAGUGAGCCGAAACUUGGCGUCAUACAGCAGCUGAAGAGUCGCAAUUUAACCAGCAAUGUACAGCUGACCCAGUGCCUGGACGAUCCGCGGCAGGUUUGGAGUUACGACAUGGAUACUCAGCACAUUUCGCAUCGCGAAUCGAAGCUCUGCCUCACGCUGAAGGCAGCCAAAAUUCCACGCACCCAAAAGGUGGAGAAAAUCGUUGUUGCCAUUAAUUGUGAUUACAAAGACAUCACGCAGAAGUGGGGUCUCAUACCACUGCCAUGGAGAGUUUAAAAAACGUUAUACAAAUACACAAACAAACAACGCAAUUUGCAAAAAAAGAAACAAUAAAAAAAAAAACAGUAUGAAAGCACGGAUUUGCACACACAAUUAAAAAUGCCAAUUAAAUUAAACAAUUUUAGUAUACAA